UUUCCGAUUUUCGACAAAUCGAUAUUUCGCCAGUUCCCAGUUGUGUUUGUUAUUAAUUUCACAAGAUUACUAAAAUAUUUCAUUGUAAAUUGCAUAGUUACUACAUAACAUAAUGUUGCUAUCUAGACAUAAGAUCAUAUUUCAGAAUCAAGCAUUCAAUAUCUUUCGCCGUCUUUUUUCAACUGAUAAGAAAGAUUUUGGACUCGAUGUUGGGGGAAGAAUUUCUGGCAAGCCUCUCUAUUUGGAUGCACAAGCUACAACUCCUUUAGACCCAAGGGUGUUGGAUGCUAUGCUCCCCUAUAUGACAGCAAGCUAUGGCAACCCUCAUUCCAGAAGUCAUGCCUAUGGUUGGGAGAGUGAGAAAGCUGUCGAGGACGCACGCAAGGAAGUAGCAGAUCUAAUAGGAAGCGAUCCUAAGGAAAUAAUUUUCACAUCUGGAGCAACCGAAUCGAAUAAUAUUGCUGUCAAAGGUGUAGGAAGGUUCUAUGCUAGCAAAAAGAAGCAUAUCAUCACAACGCAAACUGAGCACAAAUGUGUGUUGGACUCAUGCAGAGCUCUAGAAGGAGAAGGAUUCAAAGUUACCUAUUUGCCGGUUGAUAAUACAGGCAUUGUGAGUCUAGAAGAUUUAGAUAAGGCGAUUACAGAUAACACAUCACUGGUCUCAAUUAUGACUGUCAAUAAUGAGAUAGGAGUGAAACAGCCCGUCAAAGAAAUAGGUGCAUUGUGCAAGUCAAGGAAAGUGUUUUUUCACACGGAUGCUGCCCAGGCCAUUGGCAAAGUGCCCAUUGACGUCAAUGAACUGAACAUCGAUUUGAUGUCCAUCAGUGGACACAAGAUCUACGGCCCUAAAGGCAUAGGCGCAUUGUACGUGCGAAGGAGGCCGCGCGUGCGCGUGGAACCGCUGCAGAGCGGCGGCGGCCAGGAGCGAGGCCUGCGCAGUGGCACUCUAGCCACGCCCCUCGCCGUCGGCCUGGGCGUGGCCUGCGCUGUGGCAAAGGCCGAGAUGCAGCGAGACCACGCCCACAUGCAGCGAUUGGCCGACAGGCUGGUGCAGCGUGUGAUGACCGGCCUCACGCAUGUCGUGCGCAACGGUCAUCCCCAACACACCUACCCCGGCUGUGUCAACUUGUCUUUCGCGUUUGUCGAAGGCGAAUCACUGCUGAUGGCUCUGAAGGACAUUGCCCUGUCGAGUGGCAGUGCUUGUACGUCGGCCUCACUGGAACCCUCAUAUGUGCUGCGGGCUAUUGGAGCCGACGAAGACCUUGCGCACUCAUCCAUCAGGUUUGGUUUCGGAAGAUUCACAACUGUCGAAGAAGUUGAUUACACAGUUGAGAAAUGCAUUAAACAUGUGAAACAAUUGAGAGAAAUGAGUCCUCUAUGGGAGAUGGCACAAGAAGGAAUCGAUUUGAAGUCAAUCAAGUGGUCUCAGCAUUAAUUUUAGUGAGAUUGUGGUCUUGGAAAUGAUGAGAGAAGAAAUUUCAAUGAAUCGUCUCUUGGUAAUGCUACAAAAUUUUUCUAUAAGUUUCAACAGGAAUUAUACUAGACCCCAUCGUUUGACAGGUUUGUUCUAUAAAAUGUUCAAUGUUAUAUCCAAAUUUGUUUCCUUCAUUUCUAUGUUGAACUACAUUGAAGUUAGAGAUAAUUUUUUUGUAUAUAGUCUGUAAUUGAAUAAUUUAUAUAUGCUGGUAAAACGGGGGUAUGUUGUUUUAAAUUUGUAAAGCUGCGUUUACACCAAAGUUAUUAACAAAAUGUUUAUUUGUCCGUCCUUAUAGAUUCUAUUAGAUUAAACGGAGCUUGACAAACACAUAUGCACAUCAUGUGUGUGAUAAGUUAUGUUCAAUCUAAUAGAAUUUAUAAGGACGGACAAAUGAACAUUUUGUUGAUAACUUUGGUGUAAACGCAGCUUUAGAAUAAUUCUUGCCGUAAGUAAGCAAAAACGUUGUUAGGCUACCAACAAGAAUUUAGUUUUCAACCGAGUGUUAUUUCACCCGAUUUUGUAUCCUAAUUUCAAUGUACUAUUCAUUUUAUUGUAGAAUAAAGACAAGAGUUUGUAAGAGCCUGUGAUAUAGCAGUAAUGAAUGUAUUUGUUGCAUCAAUGUUCGAAUUAAAUACAAUUCAUCAUAA